UAGCGUGGUGUAGUGUUUGGAUUUUUUCGUACCAUUAUUUGUGAAUUGAGAGUGAUUUUAUAUUGCUACCAUUCAAAGACCGCGAGUGAAGUUUCGAUUCGAAGUUUGACCCUUGGUGGAAUAUUUGAGGGAGUGUAAUGUUACGAUAUUGGUGAAUUGUGUGUGUGUGUCUCGCUGUUGCUGCUGUGUGUGCAUAAACCCAGACAUAAUUAGGACUAAAUUGCAUUUCAGAUAUCUUCGUUAUUUUAAUGAUUUCUUCUAUUUAUUUUGAUUUACAGUGGGUUGGGUCCAAGUGUGGCCAACAUGGGCCCUAUACUUUCUUCAAGGGAUUCAAAUUUCUUAAAAACUCGAUUUGGAGAACGAUAUCACUCGGCGAUUUCUUUUUCGUCAAGUGUUCUGAAAACGACCCACUCUGCAUAGCCGAACUGCAAUUAUUAUGGGAAGACAAGGGCACGGAAGGAAUUAUGCUAUCCAGUUUACGGCUCUACUUUCUUCCCGAACAUACCCCAGAUGGGAGACAUCAUUCUCACGGAGAAGAUGAGGUAAUAGCGGUGAACGGCAAAGCCAUCAUGAGCAUUGAAGACCUUCUUGACUGGGUGAUCAUGGAAGAUGUCAGGUGGAUCGAUGGUUUCCCGACGAUCUGCCCCUCGGAACCUCCCUCAAGGACCGAUGAGGGACAGGGUGCACCCUCCACAGCCACUACAGAGGAACUGGGCGAGGCAUCGAAGGACCAGGGCGGGGCAUGUGAGGACCAGGGUGUGGUUGCUAAGGAUGGAGAUGCAUCAGAAGACGGACCAUCGAGCAGGUUGCGGACUAGAGUCGACUCCAGCUCAAAGUUAAAUGAACCCUGCAAGGAGGCGGAGAAACAGAAUCUGAUGGUCGUCAGCUAUCCCAGCUACUGUCGUUACCAUGCCAACAUGAAGAGGAUUGAGAAGCAAGGAGACAAGUGGCAUAGUAACCCCCUCCUGAAGGCCCUAGGGCUCCUGUCCAUGCCCCACCCUAACACCAAGCUGCUAUUCUGCCGAGAUGAGUUUGAUCAUCCUAUUAUGGAGGAGGACGAGAGGUUGUGUGAAUAUACAGCUCCCAAGCUUAAAGGAAGACCAAGGAAAAAGAAGGUCAAAUUAAAAGAUGAUGAUCGUUACCAACCUCCUAGAAACCACACCAGCUCUAAUAAUAUACAGAACAACCUCCUGCUAGCUAGCAAGAGGUCACAUCGGGUCGGGUCACGGAGGUCAAGAGAGCGGCUAGAUCCUGGACUGAGUGGUGUGGACACCCUUGCUCAGUUGAAGGCGGAGUUUAGGACGGGUAAAGUGACGAGUGAGGAGCUCUUCUUGACGCACCUGUACAAGUAUAUGAAGGAUAGGAACACUCCUAUCGACAGAGUGCCACAUCUCGGAUUCAAACAGCUUGAUCUGUUUGCCUUCUUUGAGCUAGCAGUUAAACUCGGUGGAUACAGGAGUAUCACAUCACAGAAACAAUGGAAAGUCAUCUAUGAUCGCCUCGGUGGUAAUCCUAACAGUACCAGUGCUGCAACUUGUACCAGGAAACACUAUGAAAGAUUGCUCUUUCCAUUUGAGCAACACCUUCGUACGCCAGACAAACCUGCAGAACAGUAUGCUUUUAAGGACAAGAAAAAGAAGAAAGAUAAGAAGGAGAAGAAGAAGUCAAGAGUAAAACAUGUUCGGGAACAACUUCAAGAACUAGAGGCAUGGCGAGCAGCAGAGAGGAAAGCGCAAGAGGAGAUGAAUCGGCAGCUAGAACAAGCGGGACUGAACAGUGUCGUUAUGAGAGAAUCAAGUGCGUCUGUGUCAACAGUAACUACCACAGUGCCUGUAAGCACAACCUCUGCAACUCCAUCUGUGAUUGUCGGCAGAGAGGUGAAGCCUCCAAUGACUGUCAACGGCACACCCAUCAUGACCAUGCCACCCAUCAUGCCUCAGACAUCAGUAGUUCAGCUUCCAGGAGGCCACCUGUUCCCUCAUCAACUAGGUCUGAAGAACAUGGGUCAAGUCAUCCUAGCCAUACCUCAGGUACCUGUCAUAGCAGCCACAACGGUACCUAAGAAGGAGAGGGAGAGUCCAGUGGUAGGCCACCAGGCUACAGAGGAUCAGAAACAACCUUUGCAGCAACAGAAUGCUCCUCAUUCGCAACCAUCAACAGUUUUAGAUAAAUUGAAUAGUGGGACAUCACUGGUGAAGAAGAAAGAACCAGCAGUGAAGCGAGAGGAAGCAGUGGCUAUUAAAAGUGAGGGAACACAUUUAGCUAUGAAUAACUUGGUGGUCAAGGAAGAACCUGGUGCUCUUGACCAGUCAGGACAUCUUAGAGGAAUUGAUAGUAAGCGUAUUCUUGCAAACCCUGUGAACAAUCUGAACAAUGUCACCUUGGGUGAACCGAGGAUAGGCAGUCAGGAAAGCCUCCUUUCGAGGCCAUCAGUGAUACAGCACACACAUCACAAAAAGGUGAAGCUUGAAAGAGAUGUUCCAUCUGGGUUAAUCAACUCUCUUCCAAGUGCUGUGCAACCCAAUGACCUCAUCCUACGUAAUAUGACAAAAGACAAAUUUGCAGCUGAGCACGACCACUACAAGAAAGUGGUUGCAGAAAUGCCAGGCCUGCUAGGGGCUGGGCCACGAUUGCUAUCGCCCUACAUGACUUUCCUUCCACAAUCUCCUCUCCUCUUCCGCCCUCCAGUAGACCUCAAUAGCCAAACUAUCUUGAGUAUAGCUCCAACUCAGGUGACAAAUAAACUAAGCCAGCAUGAAUUGGAUGAUUCUAAAAACAAAUUUCAUUUACCGGACUCAACUCCUGUCAAACCACCAGUUUCUUUGUUGCCGCCGGUACGUUCUUCUUCAUCUUCAUCCUCUUCCUCAUCAUCUUCUUCUCGCUCUGUCAAGUAUGAAUCCUUUCCAGAGCAGGAGGAACCUUGUGACCUCAGCAUGCCGAAAAAGCGGAGGAGGCAUCCUGAAGAUACUCAUGAUGAUGAGAUUCACGAGAAGCGUAGACCAAGUGUAAUUAGUAAUGCGAACUUGCAUUCCACCACCAAUGUGAUGAGAGACUCUCCGGUACACAGAUUAAGAACUUCUGAUAAGAAAUUCCGCAAGCAAUCUGCAUCUCCCCUGUCUCAGUCACGCGAGCAGCAUCCACUGCAUUCUUCCGCAUCACCACACUUGUCUCACCCGUCUUCCCUAACGGCUUCAUCCUCAAUACUGGGUAUGACACCCAAAGUCAAGAUGACACCUAAUCCUCGUGGCUCCAUCACUCAGGGUAUCAUUGACCCAGCCACCAAUCAGCCCCAUCCUUCCCUUUUACACAAACCUGCCAUCGACCCAUCCAAUGCCCCCACUCCAAAAUCCUCAGCCCAUGAUCUUGCCCCCCCACGUUUGCCUCUGGACUUCCCUGCAGCUCUGAGUCUUCCAAUGGCUGUAGACAGCACAGGUAAGCCCCUCCCACCCCUGACCGAUCUCAAUCCUUUUGCUAGAUUCCCAAUGCUCCCUUACUACCCCAUGCUUCCACGCCCUCCAUUCCUCCCAGCUGGGUCACCGUUGCUUCCUGGGCUUGUCCCAGGUAUACCGACCAGUCAGGCAGAGAGUAUGCUUCAGCAGGGGCUACUCUUUCGCCCUCCAUUCCCUUUUGCGCCAUCGGUGCCUUAUAGUACUGCACAGCUUCCUCGAGACUCCACCCAGGCAUCCUUGUACAGAAGCUAGUAAUAGUAGCCCUAUGUACAUCUUGAAUCAAGCUGUGGGGAUCACAACUGUGCUCCAGGGAAAUCAUUGAGGAGAAAACAGGAUUUGACUGCACAUUCUUGCAGAUUCAUAUGGUACAUAUUCUUCUGAACUAUUGUGGGCAGAAGUUUACUGAUAAGUUAUCGUUAUCUUGUAUUUUCAUUUGUGACCAGUGAACUGAUGAUACCUGUGCAUGACAUGGGAAAUUCAGAAUGGGUACCAGGCAUUGACUGGCAUUGUAGGUCAAGUUGAUAAUCUGUCUAAAGUGAACUUUGCGAUCCUUAUGCUCCAUGGGAGCACUAAGUAGUCAACGGGUUGAUCCCAUCUGUACGUUAAUGUCUUUGCUAAUUACUGUUGUCCUCAUUGUAUUUGGCCAUGGGCCGAAUGUACAGUACAGCGAAACACUGCCAUAAGUUCAUCAACAUCUUUUGGUCAAUUGCGCAUCAAUAUUGUCAUGUCCGUUCUCCAGUUGGUUUAUUCAUUGGUCAGUUUUUGUUUAUUUUUGUAAGUCUUCCAUCAUGUGCCUUGUAAAAAAUUUAUAUUUUUGCACAAAAAAUUGAGUAUUUUAUACAUUAUCACAAAGCCUUCUUCAUUCACUUGAUAGUAAUAUUUUUCAUAUUUUGUUUCACAUUUGAUUCGUUGAAAGUUUAUUUUUGGGUAUCGUGGUUGGUCCAUCUGUGUUGUAUGUGUGUGUUCGAAGGUGACAUUUCAUGUCAUAGCCAUUGUAAAGUAUGUAUGUGUCAUCCUCUGAUGUUUUGUUGAUCAAUUGUCAUAUUUGUCAUGUUGCUGCGAUAUGAGUAUUGGGUAUUAUAAAGGUGUAUGUCUUAUCGUUAAAAGUAAUUGACAUUUUUUUAUGCAAAAUUUGCUCUUAUCUCCUGUCAUUAGUUAAAUCAUUGCAAUUUAAGUGGAAUAUAUAUUGAGAGAGGAAUCAAAACAGCUACAUGUAGUACAUCUACGAGUACCAGUAAUUAACAUACUUGGGCAGGCACGUUCUGUGUUUACAUUGGAUGGCAAAAAUUACCAUUUUACUCUCUUAAUUUCCAGUAUAAGGUGGCAUUUAAAUAAAAAUUCAUAGAUAAUCAUGUUGAUAAAUAGUUCACCAUAAGAGAGUAUAUAAAAGCGAGGUCAGUAUUUAAAGUAGAUCUACUUUGAUUUUGGUUAUACCAUCAAAUGAACAUAAUAGACUGUAAAGUAGUCAAAUGUGUUAUUGGUGUACAUGUAUUUGACUUUUGGAAGAGUAUUAUGAAUGUGAGGAAAAAAUGAUCAAGAUUCGAACGAUUACUU